AUGGGAAGCGCCUUCUCCAAAUUAUUCUCCAAAUUGGGCAAAAAGCCCGUCCGCCUGCUCAUGCUUGGUCUCGAUGCAGCGGGCAAAACAACGGUCCUCUACAAGUUGAAGUUGGGCGAAUUUGUACAAACAAUUCCUACCAUCGGCUUCAACGUGGAAACGGUCAAGUACAAGAAUCUGCGAUUUGAUUGUUGGGACGCUGGCGGUCAGGCCAAGUUCCGACGAUUGUGGCACCACUACUGCCAGAACUCGCAGGGCGUGAUAUUCGUGAUCGACAGCACGGACCACGAUCGACUGUCAGAGGCGAGGGACGAGCUCCACCGAAUAAUGAAGGAGGACUCCCUCGAAAACACCCUCGUGCUCGUCCUCGCCAACAAACAAGACAUGCCCAAGGCCUUGUCGAAGGAGGAGAUCGCGGAGGCGCUGGAGCUGUCGUCGCUCAGCAAGAAAUGGCACAUCGAAGCCACCUGCGCCACAACCGGCGAAGGUCUGUACGAUGCUCUGGACUGGCUGGUGGCGGGCAUCCAAUCCGGUUCCUCCAAGUGA